AUAAGCCUAAAAUUUACUUCCUGUACAGAAACACAGCAAAUAAUUAUUGUCAUGGUGUGUUGAGUGUUCCGAGUCACUCUGUUGCAGCGGUGAACAGUUAUUCUCUUGGAUAUAGAAAACACGAUCUGUCCAUGGAGGCUGUGGCCAAGCAUUCGUUUACUGCUUCCCAGGUUGACGAACUUUCCUUCGAAAAGGGCAGUGUUCUGAAUGUUUUAGACAAAGAUGAAGACAAAAACUGGUACAAAGCGGAGCAAGAUGAUCGCGAAGGAUGGAUACCAAACACAUAUAUUACUAUGAAGCCUCACAAAUGGUUCCAUGGAAAGAUAACAAGAAAUCAAGCAGAAGAAGCCCUUUUGCAGGUGCGGUGUGAGGGUGCCUUCCUCAUACGAGAAAGUGAAAGUUCACCAGGCGAUUUCUCUCUCUCUGUCAGGACUGGUGACAUUGUGCAACACUUUAAAAUUUUUAAAGAUGGUCAAAAGAGGUACUACUUGUGGAGUGAAAAAUUUCGAUCUCUGAACCAGUUGGUUGAGCACCACCGGUCCAACUCAGUUAGCAAAACUCAGCACAUAGUACUCAAUGAAGUGGAUUUUACAGAUGAGAUGGUGCAAGCAGUAUAUUCUUUCACUGCUCAAGAUCACGAUGAACUUAGCUUCAAUGCUGGUGACUGGAUAACAGUGUUAGAUAAAAGUAACAAAAAUUGGUGGAAGGGACAAGUGCACAAUGCUGUUGGAAUCUUCCCUUCAAAUUAUGUGUCCACGGAAACAAUCAACAAAACUUAAGCACUCUGUACACUAUACUCAACAUUUACUGUUCUGGAACAGUUCAGGGUACAUAUUUUUAAAUAGCUUUCUUAUCAGGUUGAACAUGACAAAAAAUUGAACAGCUAGGGAAAGAAAGACUUCUUUGGCACAGUAACUGCAUUUAUUUUAGUCCUGGGUCAGUCCUCGUGGUUAUUUAGGAAAUGGUUCUUUUUUUUGAGGAUAGUGAAGUUCGUAAUAAGGAGAAUUCUUAGAAAUAAUUAUUAUUAAUGAUAAGAUAAUGCAAGCGCUACUGGUACCACGUUUUAACUAGAUCCUGAUGUAAUACAGUUCGGACAGUCAUGUUGACAUUUUCUAGGCAAGUUACAUUCAUUUGGUGUUUUGUUUUGGUAAUAAACAUUUUCCCCUAAAAUAAUAUCACUAAGGCAAGUACUGUUGAUUUUCAAACUUACGUGUAAUACAUUUUCUAAUAAUUAAGGUUGAAAAUAAUUGUUGAAUUGUUGAAUUGUUGAAUUGAUAAAUGUAGCUUUUUUAGUGCAAAUUUUGUAUAUUUGAGUUUUGUAGUCCAAAUGAUGUGAUUUAAUAUUUUGAAUGACUUAAUUUGUAGAAAAAUCUCCAAACAAAGACAGUUUUUGUGCUGAAGCCGAGAGACCCAGUCCACUGUUGUGCAAAAAAAUGACCAUUAUUUAAAGUGCUUAUGAAAGUUUUUUUUAUUUGCUCAAUGGAAUCUACAUCUACAAUAUCCAGUUUUUUUCCCCGAUAAUCUCCAUAUCAUGAUCUCAUGUAGAUUUGAAUCAAGGAAAUAAAAAAUACCUGUCAUAUAGCACUUUUAUGUGACAUUUCCUUGUAAGAUGAAAUGCCAACCAGCAUGACAUGAUAACAAAACUAAUUAUAUACAUGCAAAAAUUUCAGCAGGCCUAGGGCACAUCAUGUUAGAUCACAUCAGAACUUUAUGAGUUGCCAGGGAGCUCUUUGGAACAUCUCACGGGAUUGGCUUAGAAAAUGAUGUACAAACAAUAGUAACAAUGUACCCCGACCUUAAAACAAGAGAGCUUCAUGCUAACAAGAUCCCGUGAAAUUAGAGGUUCUAGAGAGCUUCAUGACAACAGAACUUUAUCAAACUUGGUUGAAUACCAAAUUUGUUGGUUGAUGUUUAACUUCACUGUUGGCAAUAAUAUAAUUUUGAAAAUGGGAACAAAGUGGGUGUACAAUGUUUGUGCCAAGUAGAAUAAUUUGCAGUUUUAAAUUUGUUUUAGGAAAUAGUGUGGUGAAGUCCACCCUAAAAUUUUCAUUAUUUAAUUCUUAAUCUUUGAUGGUUUAUUCAAUACUUAGAUGAAAAUCACAAAUAUUGUGAAUAAAAUGUUACCCCUUUUUCAUUGUGUUUGUAAUAAGUGGCACAUUAAAGCUAGUAGACUUA